AAAAAACCUGAAAAGAACACCAGUAUCAAUUCAACAACCAACCAGACUCUUAUCAAACAAACAAGAACAUGAUCUCAGACAGUCAAUUGAACACCGUUGUAUUGACCUUUGGGUUUGCCUCGGUGAUUUUGAUCUUGGUUUACCAUGCUAUCUCCACCAAUGUCAAGAACAUAAAAAACUAAAUGAAACCCCAGCCACCUACAAAUCUUUUCCCUCAACUGUUUUGUAUAGACUAAUAUAUGACCAAGUAGAUA